UGUGGGACAGUCAGUGGCCUUAGCAGAAGUGUUUGUCAAGGAAUAAUUUCAGUUGAUUUGUGGUUUUGUGUGUAAAUUACAGAUCAUGUGAAUUGAAUGUCAAAUAAAAUCCCUUGUUCUACUAUAUGGCAGGGUAGGUUUGUAAAUUUCAAGCCUACAGUAUUGUCAGCAAGAAUAUCUUAUCACCGCCACCACAGGUUGAACUUUGCUCAAGGAACCACUUGGUGUCCUCAUUGUGCCCUUAUUACUGUUAGAAGUAAAGCAUCUGUGGACCAACCAGGCGAUCAGGCAGGGAAUUAUAUUAUAUGUACCACCCUCUGCAAUCAAAUAACGGAGGAAAAUUAUCCGACUGCAAGUUCUUUACAAUCCACUACACAUGUACCUUAUAACAUCCUUCCUAACUUUCUAACUUGUUUUUAACACCAGCAUUUUAAAGGAUGGACAGAUCUUUUUCUCAAGCCACAACGUUCACAUUUUAGUUCCAAAAUAAUACUCCUGCGCAGGAAAGGUAUUUUUCCGUUCCGAACUCCCACGGAGGUCUUUUAUGCGUUGGCGAGAGAGGGAGGGGCUGGCUUACUUCAACUGAACGGGAAGUGAUGUUACAUUGUGAAGAGUGUUAAUGCAACAAAUGGAUCAAACAGGUUUAGUCAACUCAAUUUAGUGAGCGCUUUUAAGAAAUCAACCAAUUGUCAUCGCUUUUGAUAGGGCGCUUCUACACGAAACACCAAGGAAUAAAGUGAAGCGCAGACACUGGUCUGAAAUAAGCACUCACUAUGUCUGAUGGGGACUAUGAUUACCUCAUCAAAUUCCUAGCCCUUGGUGAUUCUGGAGUGGGGAAAACCAGCUUUCUCUACCAGUACACAGACAAAAAGUUUAACUCUAAAUUCAUCACUACAGUGGGCAUCGAUUUCAGAGAAAAACGAGUGGUAUACAAAUCAAAUGGUCCAGACGGGGCAGCAGGCAGAGGACAGAGGAUUCAUGUUCAGCUGUGGGACACGGCAGGACAGGAGAGGUUUCGGAGUUUGACAACAGCUUUCUUCCGAGAUGCGAUGGGCUUCCUCCUCCUGUUUGACCUCACCAAUGAGCAGAGUUUCCUCAAUGUCAGAAAUUGGAUGAGCCAAUUACAGAUGCAUGCUUACUGCGAGAAUCCAGACAUUGUACUCUGUGGCAACAAGUGUGACCUGCAGGAGCAGAGGGCAGUCCGUGAAGAUGAGGCCCGUGAGCUGGCAGAGAAGUAUGG